AUGGAAGAAUACAAGCCUUCCACAACUAAAUUAGCCUUCCAAAGUGAUAAGAGGUAUCAUGUGUUUCUGAGUUUCAGAGGAGAGGAUGUGAGAAAAACUUUGGUUGAUCAUCUCUUUGAAUCUCUCUCCGCAGCAGGACUGAAUGUUUUCUUAGACAGUGACAAAUUGGAAAAGGGAGAAAUAAUUGGGUUGAGCUUGGAAAGAGCAAUUGAGAGCAGUGCUAUACGGAUCCCUAUAUUUUCUGUAGGCUAUGCAGACUCAGCUUGGUGUCUCAAGGAGGCCGCUGCAAUGUUGAGCACCCCUGGUUUGAUUAUUCCUCUUUUUUAUCAUGUGAAUCCAACUCAUGUUAGAUAUCCUGAAAAUGACUCCAGUCCUUAUAAGCAAUCAUUUCUGAAACAUUAUGGCCAUUCAGAUCGAUACCCAAAAAGAGAGAUUGAGUGGUGGAAGCAUGUUCUUGUACAGAUAUGUCCGUGUUUACAAUUUUAUGGCGAUUCAUACCGAUACCAAAGAGAAGAGAUUGAUGGGUGGAAGUAUGCCCUUCUACAGAUCUCUUCUCGCUCAGGCUGGUCCAUUGAUAGAGCUCAAGGCUUUGAAGCUCGGCUAAUAAAGAAAGUGGUGAAAGACCUGAUUAACACAUUGGACAGAGUGCCAUUAGAAGUUGCCAAGCAUCCUGUGGGAAUGGACAGCGUGAAAAACGCUAUCAUUCAUACAUUGCAUCUCAAUUCAGUGAAAGAGGUAGUUAAAGCAGGAAUCUGGGGUAUUGGUGGUAUUGGCAAAACUACAGUUGCCAAGGCCAUAUACAAUCAAGUUUAUGCUGAUUUUGAAGCUGCUUCUUUUGUAUUCAAUGUCCGGGACACUGCUGCGGAUCACGAAGGCCUCAUAAAAUUGCAGAAACAAAUUCUUCAAGAUUUAACCAAAUAUGAUGGAAAAGUGCAGAGUGUAGACAAGGGCAAAUCUUUGUUCAGAGAUCGUUUGGGAGGAAAACGUGUGUUACUUAUUUUGGAUGAUGUGAAUGUUGUUGUACAAUUAGAUGUUUUGGCUGGGGGAUUGAUAAAUGAAAGUCUCCAGUUAUUUAAUUGGUAUACUUUUCUCAGACCAUCUCCAAGUCCCAGAUACAAAGAUUUGUCCAGAAGAAUAGUGGAAGCUUGUAAGGGACAUCCUCUUUCAUUGGAAGUAAUUGGUUCCUUCUUGUAUGAUAAGCAGGAUGACACUGGUUGCUGGAUAGAAGCCUUUCAUAACAUUACACUCAACCAAGAGAUACAUGAAAGACUCAAAAUCAGUUAUAAUGCUCUAAGUGAUGAUGAGAAAGAAAUAUUUAUGGACAUUGCUUGUUAUUUCAUUGGAGAACACAAAAAAUUGCCCAUUGUUUUCUGGAAAUCUUUGUACAAGAUGGUAGACACUGCUGUAUCCAAUCUUUCAAUGAAGUUACUAAUAAAGAUUGAUGACAAAGGUGUAUUUGAUAUGCAUGACCAUUUGCAAGACAUGGGGCGAACCAUUGCAGAAAAAGAAAGGGAUUGUACCCGACUAUGGGAGUCUGCCCAUUGUAGCACCCUGUCCAACAACAUCAACUUCUCUCGCCUUCGGCUCAAUGAAGGCAAUCCACAAAGGCUUGAAAAGCUUUACAGACCUGGUCUUCACUAUCUUCAUUUGCAAAAUGUGCCCAUUGAAGGCAUGAUAGAAGACAAACUAUCCAAGCUUCCUAGAAGUUUGAUAUGGUUAAGGCUAGAACGUUGUGGCUUAGCAGUUAAGACAAACACUAACAGAGCAGUAAAGAAGCCAAGUCACUCUAGAUUUGUAAAUGACAUUUGGCAAUUGAAAAUUUUGCAACUAAAAGGCUGUUCUGAUUUGGAUGGGCUGUCUAUAUUUUCACUGUUUUCACUUCCUAAUAUACAGCUGCAACACUUAGAUUUGGGGUGGUCUAGAAGCUUAAAGAAGCUUCCUGAUACCAUUGGCAACCUGUCACAGCUGCAGCACUUGUUUUUGGAAGGGUGUGUAUGUUUAAAAAAUCUCCCUGAUAUCAGGUUGCCACAGCUGCAGCACUUAGACUUGAGAUGGUGUGAUGGGUUAAAUAACCUCCCUGAUACCAUUGGCAAUCUGUCAAAGUUGCAGUACUUGUGCUUGAGAGGGUGUAGAAGUUUCCUUAACCUCCCUGAUACCAUUGGCAAUCUGUCACAGCUGCAACAUUUGGAUUCAGGAUGGUGUAGAAGCUUAGAUAAUCUUCCUGAUACCAUAGGCAACCUGUCACAGCUGCAGCACUUAGACUUGCGAGGUUGUGAUAGAUUAAUGUAUCUCCCUGAUACCAUUGGUAACCUGUCACAGCUGCAACACUUGGACUUGGUUUGUUGUAGAAAGUUAAAUAACCUCCCUGAUACCAUUGGCAACUUGUCACAGCUGCAGCACUUGGACUUGGAAACGUGUUUUAACUUAGAGAACCUCCCUGAUACUAUUGGGAACCUCUCACAACUGCAAUACUUGAAGUGGAAGGAUGGAAGGAUGUUGAAGGACUAUAAUAUUCAUUGA